GUUCUAUAUUUUAAACUCAGGGGCUUAGCCAGAAUAUUGCAGCUGUAACACUAGUCAAAUUUCCCUUUAAGGACAUUCUGAAGGGAAGUUUUUUUCCUUGUGGUUUUAAGUAGACAUUGACAAGGAGUGGUUCUGUCUGAGGAGGAGCCUUGUGUGCGUGCCACAGAUUUGGAGGAAAGAGCCUAUUUUUUCCUCCAAGUUGAAAAGCUGUAGGGAGGAUCCGAUAACGAUGGUGACCCGUUCUGUUCCUUUUGGAGCUGACAUGCCUGUGAGUAAGAGGCGAAUCUAUUGCCUAUUCUUCCAGACUGUGUAGAUCCAAAGAAAAAGCAGCUGAAGAAAAAGACCAAACAGAAAUGGCAAGUACUCAAUUUGAAUGCCAAUACUGCACGACAUCCCUUCUUGGGAAGAAGUACGUACUCAAGGAUGAUCAUCUCUACUGUGUCUCCUGCUAUGAUCGGAUCUUUUCUAACUAUUGUGAGCAGUGCAAAGAGCCAAUUGAAUCAGAUUCUAAGGAUCUUUGUUACAAAAACCGUCACUGGCAUGAAGGUUGCUUCAAGUGCACCAAAUGCGACCACUCUUUGGUGGAAAAGCCUUUUGUUGCCAAGGAUGAACGCCUGCUCUGCACAGACUGUUAUUCUAACGAGUGUUCCUCCAAGUGCUUCCACUGCAAGAGAAACAUCAUGCCAGGUUCUCGAAAAAUGGAGUUUAAGGGCAACUACUGGCAUGAAACCUGCUUUGUGUGUGAGCACUGCCGACAGCCGAUAGGAACCAAGCCUCUGAUCUCCAAAGAGAGUGGCAAUUAUUGUGUGCCCUGCUUCGAGAAGGAGUUCGCUCACUACUGCAACUUCUGUAAGAAGGUGAUAACUUCCGGUGGGAUAACCUUCCGUGACCAGUUAUGGCAUAAAGAGUGCUUUCUGUGCAGCGGCUGCAGGAAAGAGCUUUGUGAGGAGGCAUUUAUGUCCAGGGAUGAUUUCCCAUUCUGCUUGGAUUGCUACAACCAUCUUUAUGCAAAAAAGUGUGCAGCCUGCACCAAACCCAUCACUGGUCUCAGAGGUGCCAAGUUCAUCUGCUUUCAGGACCGCCAGUGGCACAGUGAGUGCUUCAACUGUGGGAAGUGCUCCGUCUCCUUGGUGGGCGAAGGAUUCUUGACGCAGAACAUGGAAAUCUUCUGCCGCAAGUGUGGCUCUGGGGCAGACGCUGAUGCGUAGGAAGAGACGGUCUCUCCCGGACCUGAAACCCACUUUGCCUUUGCUCUCUCUCACUAAAAGGGGAACUCGGUGGUAGUAAUACUCUUCGUUUGUAUUUUAGAAAGCAAUUUAGUACAGGGUACAUAGCAGGAAAAGGCUAGUAUACCUUAUAAUUGAACUCUAUAAUAAGAAACACACAAAACACAGUCUAAUAGAAAAAUGAAUUACUAGACCACAAAGCUCUAUCUCCUUGCAAAAUAGUGCACUCUGCUGUUAGAAACAUGAGAUAAUACCUCUUCAUUAUUGAGUAUAUGGCCUAUAUUUAGUAAUUGUGAAUACUGCUGCUGAAGGACAUUUUUCAAAACUACAGAAGGUAAACAAGAUCCAAUUGAGAAGUAUACAAGAGACAAAUGUUUGCCUUUUAAACUAGCUGGUUAUAUAUGGCACAUUAGGCUGAAUAUGAAUAGUGGAAGAACAAGAUUUAUGAAAAAUCAAUUAGUAAUCAUCACACUUAACAACCUUAUCAUUUUAGAAUCAUUCUUUGUUCGCAAGUACUGAAUAAGAGCUGAGAAACAAAGCUGUGAAUUUUUCUUGUACACAAGGCUACCACCCUCAGCUGCUCCUUAGUCAAUGAAAUUGGACAACUAUGCUACCUUUAUAUUUAGAUACAACGGCCAUCCCUAUCUGAGCAGAACCAAACAUGCAUUUUCAUUAGAUUUAGAUUACAGAUUCAAAUACAUUUUAGAUUAGUUAUAUUUCCAAAGCCCACAUGGCUUUUCUAAAUGUUUACAGAUUUCAUCUAUUCUUUUAAAUGAAUUUGAUCAAAAUAAUUGUUGUUCCCAAAGGCAAACCUUUAAAGUAAAUGAAUUAUUAGAUUUUUCACUCAUGAAAAUGAAUGUUAGGGAAGCAGUUCAGUGUUAGAACACGAGUUUCAUCCAGAGAGCUAAGGCAUGAUAGAAUGCAUAAUUAUUUCUAAGCCUUAUACAUUUGCCUUUGAAAACUAUAUAGAUAACUAAUGAUCAAACAUAAAAGUGGACUAAAAAGCAACCUAGUAAAAGUAAUAACUUACAAAUAAUACUUCACUGUUGAUAACUCAGGACCCGCAAACAAACACAAUAUAAGAAAGUGGGAGGCAGAAAAGCCCUCCUUAGUUCUUUCAUGAUUGAGUUACCCCCUGUCCUGAAGCCAGCCAACCCCAGAGCUCCAGUCUGUGUAUGACCAGGACUUCCAAACCCUAAGCAGUCAAUCCAGAAAUCAACAUUUAUUCUGUCAGCAAGGAAGUUUUAGCGGGAAUUCUGCCAUGAUAUAAACAACCCUUGUUUCAAGCACCAAUCGAUCAUCAUUAAAUGAAAUUGCAUAGGUAAAAUUAAGCAUGCUGAUUAUUUUGUGAUCUAGAAAAUAAUUCACUCACAACUGUAAAAAUCUAAAUUCUUCAAAAUUUAAAUAGAUAUACAAGAUAUGGUAUUGUCUCUGUUAACCAAUUACAGAUAAUCAUGUAGCACAUGAUAU